AUGGAAAUACUCAGUUCAGAACAGCUCCAAUUCUUCGAUUCUCAAGGUUAUCUUGUUAUUGAAUCGUUUGCUAGUACCGAUGAGAUUGAGUUCAUGAUGAAGAGGAUGCAGCAGUUGGUGGAUGAGUUUGAUCCUUCUUCCACCGCCUCUAUUUUCUCCACCAAGAACCAGCAACAGUCGACCGAUGAUUACUUUUUCGAUAGCGUGGAGAGGAUUUCUUUCUUCUUUGAGGAAAAAGCAUUUGGUGAUGAUGGUAAAUUAAAGCAGCCGAAGCAACUCUCUCUUAAUAAAGUUGGUCACGCUCUUCACGAAAUUGAACCCGCAUUCAAGAAGUUUUCUUCUUCUGACAAAAUUUCAAGUUUAAUGUACUCCUUAGGUUACAAGAGACCUGUAGUAAUGCAGUCAAUGUAUAUAUUUAAGCAACCAGGCAUUGGGGGUGAAGUAGUGCCACACCAGGAUAACUCGUUUCUUUAUACUGAACCACAAACGUGCACAGGGUUGUGGCUGGCCCUAGAAGAUGCAAACACAUUAAAUGGUUGCCUUUGGGCAAUUCCUGGAUCUCACAAAAAUGGGCUUGUAAGAAGGUUCUUGAGAGAUGAAGAUGGUGUCAAAUUCGAUCGACCAUCACCAUCUUAUGAUCAAAAAGAGUUUGUUCCUAUUGAAGUAAAAGCUGGUUCUUUGGUUGUCAUCCAUGGUGAUCUUAUCCACCAAAGCUUUGAAAACCAGUCUCCAAAAUCAAGACAUGCGUACAGCUUGCAUGUGGUGGAUACAGUUGGCUGCAAAUGGGCACCAGAAAAUUGGAUCAGACGAAAAGUGGAACCUGAACCACUCUUCGUAAGCUGA